AAAGAAAUGACUGAGCAAAAGUCAGAAAGUAAUACAGAACCUGUACAUAGCAUAGACAAACCUUGUGAAAGUGAUGUUAUUUCUGCACCCGUCUUACCAUCAAAUGAAGAAGUAACUCAUGGAGGCAGCUCAGUAACGCCAUCUGGUACUUCAAUACAGCAACAGCAAAGACCAGACAUGGUCAGACCACCUGGCCCACCCAGACAAAGAAUGGGAGCACCAAGAAUAGGGGGACCAAGAAUGGGGGGACCACAAAUGGGAACCCCAAGAAUGCCAGGACCAAGAAUGGCUGGUCCAAGAAUGGCUGGUCCAAGACAACCAGGACUGCAGAAACCGCCUGAAUCAGCGCCCUUUUCUGGCUUCAUGUCUAUGUUUUCCUCCCCAAGUGCUCCAAACAAAUCACCAACUGUUGGUGGGUUUUUUUCAAGUUCACCGGGAUCCCUUUUUGGAUCAUCACCUACCCCGCGUCAGCCUCAACAACAACAGCAACAACAACAGCAACAGAAAAGCUCAUUCUUUGGCUUUUCAAGUAGCAUUGCCCCAGAAUCCAUCACCAGUGACCUAUUCGGUAUGUUCAAAAGUCCAGAGACAACAAAAACAGAAGAACCAGAACAUUCUGGUGCAAAGUCUGAACAAGCAGGCCCCCCUGCAAAUGUAGCAAACCCCAUAAACUCUGAAAAGGCAAAUGCAGAGAGUAUAACUUUAGGUGAAGAUGGACAUGUAAAAGCCACGGAGGAUCCUGACCUUCCUGAAAAAGGACUCAUCGAGGAGACCGAAAGGAAAGACAAAACAGAGGAAGGUUCUCUCACAGAUUCUACAGUAAAAACUGAAGACCCUGAAGGAAAGACAGAGCAUACUGACGUUGUUGAGCAUUUGGAAGAACCAGACACUGAAGCGUCCCACAAAGUUGAACCAUCUUCAGUCCCUGAAGCCAAAGGCAUGUUUGAUAUACCCAUUCUGUCUACCCCUAAAUUUGGCUUCAUGUCUGCAGCUGCUGAAGGCACGCCAUCUAUCGGAUCCCUUUUCUCCACUGCAUCUUCAGCCUCUAAAGCACCAGAGCCUCAACAGACAGAUGGAGGUGUCUUUUCAGGCUUAAAAAGCUUUUCAGCUGGUAUUUUCCAGGACGAAAACCCAGCAGGAAAGGAGGAAACACCGAGUGCACCAUCAGUGUUUGGCUUAAAACUGAGCUCAAUGUUUGGUGCCUCCGACUCUCCAAAACCUGAAUCCACCCCACCUGUGGUCACUUCCCAGCCUCAGCCUGAAUCUCCUAAACCGACAGACGAGCUCGAUGAGCCGGACUCUGACAAACCGUCUCCAGGUUCCGGGGAAACAGGAAGUGCCGACACCAGUGACACCGAAGGACCAACGGAGACGUCUAAAACAGGAAGCUGUGACACCUUGGCACAAACAGCACAGUCUGGCCUCCCAUCUCUCUCAGGUUCCCUAUCAGAGAGCUUAGAUAAACCUCAGGUAACAUUUGCACAACGUGAGUUAGAUAAGAGUAAAGAAAGAACACCUGACAGCAGGCCAGCCGAGGUGGAAGCAGAGCAACCAAAAGCUGUAUUGAAGGAACCAACAAAAAGUCCCUUGGGCAGCAGCCACUUUGACUCGUCGGGGAACCUGAGUCCUGUCAGUUCCCAGCUCAGCUCUGAAGUCGAGGAUCGCCAGCACCCAGAGUCCCGCCCCCCCGGCAGCACUGGUGCCCCUCUCCGUAGCGAGGCCUCCAAGUCGUUUGAGGACGAAGAGCUGGAGAAAGAAGUGAACGGGCUGCCAGAAGCUGGUGCAAACAAAGACUUGGAAGAUUCUUCAAUUGCCUUCCCAAAGCCAACCUUGAAGAAUUCUGAUAUCACAAACCAAUCUAUAACUCGCCUCUUUGAUGACGGUCCUCCGCCCUGCUCUCCAUCUAAAGUUCGCUGGCUGAAAGCUUACAACAGAGUGAGAGUAAAACUCCAUGAGAGCCAAGAACAAGAUGGUGACCCCAGCAAGUAUCCGUGGGCCAAGCCUGGGGCAAACACACCAUUUGGCAUUGACAGCAUGCCAGACCUCCACAAAAGGAGGCCUAUUCCUCUUGUUAGUGAACUGGCUAUGUCCAUAAUCCAGUCCAGGAAAGCGGGACUCACCCACGCUCUGGCCAGUCGGACCUCCCUAAAAGACGAAGAGCUUAAAAACCACGUAUACAAGAAGACGUUGCAGGCUCUGAUCUACCCCAUCUCCUGCACCACGCCGCACAACUUCGAGGUGUGGACGGCCACCACGCCUACCUACUGCUAUGAGUGCGAGGGUCUGCUGUGGGGCAUCGCUCGGCAAGGCAUGCGCUGCACCGAGUGCGGGGUCAAAGUGCACGAGAAAUGCCAGGAGCUGCUGAACGCUGACUGUCUGCAGAGAGCAGCAGAGAAAAGCUCCAAGACAGGCGCUGAAGAUCGGACGCAGCACAUCAUCAUGGCUAUGAAAGACCGGAUGAAGAUCCGUGAGAGAAACAAGCCUGAGAUCUUUGAGGAGAUCAGGAAGGUGUUUGUUAUUUCUAAGACGCUUCACGCUCAGCACAUGAAGAGCAUCAAGCAGAGCGUGCUGGACGGCACCUCCAAAUGGUCUGCCAAGAUCACCAUCACAGUGGUCAGUGCACAGGGCCUCCAGGCCAAGGACAGGACUGGCUCCAGCGAUCCGUACGUCACCAUCCAGGUGGGAAAGACCAAGAAGAGAACAAAGACCAUUUAUGGGAACCUGAACCCGGUCUGGGAGGAAAAGUUCAGCUUCGAGUGCCACAAUUCAUCGGAUCGGAUCAAACUGCGAGUGUGGGACGAGGACGACGACAUCAAGUCUCGAGUGAAGCUGCGACUAAAGAGAGAGUCUGAUGACUUCCUGGGUCAGACCAUCAUCGAGGUCCGAACCCUGAGCGGAGAGAUGGACGUCUGGUACAACCUGGAGAAGAGAACUGACAAGUCGGCAGUGUCCGGUGCCAUCCGUCUUCAGAUCAGCGUGGAGAUCGAAGGAGAGGAGAAGGUUGCUCCAUACCAUGUGCAGUACACGUGCCUUCAUGAGAACAUGUUUCACUUCUCCACGGACAUCGAGGGAGGCGGGAUGGUGAAGAUCCCGGCGGCUCAGGGCGACGACGCGUGGAAGGUCUACUUUGACGAGCUGCAGCAGGAGAUUGUGGACGAGUUCGCCAUGCGCUACGGAGUGGAGUCCAUCUACCAGGCCAUGACCCAUUUCUCCUGCCUGUCAUCUAAGUACAUGUUGUCAGGAGUGCCUGCAGUGAUGAGCACCCUGCUGGCCAACAUCAAUGCCUUCUACGCCCACCCCACUGCCUCCACAAAUGUCUCCGCUCCUGCCAGAUUUGCUGCUUCCAACUUUGGGAGGGAUCGUUUUGUGAAACUCCUGGAUCAGCUGCACAACUCUUUGAGAAUCGACCUCUCCAUGUACAGAAACAACUUCCCAGCCAGCAACAAGGCCCGUCUCAAUGACCUGAAAUCGACGGUAGAUCUUCUCACCAGCAUCACCUUCUUCAGGAUGAAGGUGUUGGAGCUGCCGAGUCCGCCCAGAGCGGCCAACGUGGUUCGGGACUGCGUCAAAGCCUGUCUGAACUCCACCUACGAGUACAUCUUCAACAACUGCCUGGAGCUCUUCAACCGCCAGUUUCAGCCCGCCAAAAAAGAGGAGAGUCAACCGGAGGAGCAAGGCCCGAGCAUCCAGAAUCUGGACUUUUGGCCUAAACUCAUCACGCUUAUUGUGUCCAUCAUCGAGGAAGACAAGAACUCGUACACGCCCAUCAUUAACCAAUUUCCUCAGGAACUGAAUGUGGGUAAAGUCAGCGCUGAGGUCAUGUGGACUCUCUUUGCUCAGGACAUGAAAUAUGCUCUGGAGGAGCAUGAGAAGCAUAAGCUCUGUAGGUCUGCCGACUACAUGAACCUGCACUUUAAAGUCAAGUGGCUGUACAACGAGUACGUGAAGGAGCUGCCCACGUUCACAGAUGCUGUGCCUGAAUACUCGGCGUGGUUCCUCCAGUUUGUGCUGGCCUGGCUGGCUGAGAACGAGGAGGUGUCCAUGGACUUCAUGUCUGGAGCUCUGGAGAGAGACAAGAGGGAAGGGUUCCAGCAGACGUCUGAGCACGUUCUCUUCUCCAGCUCGGUGGUGGACAUCUUCACUCAGCUCAACCAGAGCUUUGAGAUCAUCAAGAAGCUGGACUGCCCCGACCCCGCUGUGGUGGCCCAAUAUAACAGACGCUUCGCCAAGACAAUCACAAAGGUUCUGCUGCAGUAUUGUGCGGUGCUGGCCAAGAGCUUUCCAUCCUACUGUGAGAAGGAGAAGAUACCCUGUGUGCUGAUGAACAACAUCCAGCAGAUGAGGGUCUUGUUGGAGAAGAUGUUUGAGUCGAUGGGAGCAAAGCAGCUGGACACCGAGGCUGCCAGCAUCCUCAACGACCUGCAGGUGAAGCUCAGCACCGUCCUGGACAACUUUAGCGUCAUGUUUGCCAAAAGUUUCCAGAAUCGGAUAAACAGCUGCAUGCGACAGAUGGCGGAGCUGCUCUACCAGAUGAAAGGCCCGCCCAACCACAGCACGGCGGAGGCCGACGCCGACGCCAUGCUGAGGCCCCUCAUGGAGUUCCUGGACGGAAACCUCAGCGUCUUCGCUGACGUCUGUGAGAAAACGGUGCUGAAGAGGAUCCUGAAGGAUCUGUGGAAGAUCGUCCUGGGCAGCCUGGAGAAAACCGUGGUGCUGCCUCAGUCCAACGACAGCCUGGGAGCUCAGCUCCUCACAGCAGCAAAAGGACUCUCUAAUCUCAAGGGAGGAGCUGAGGCCAAAACUCUGACCCAUAAACAAUGUAUAAUUAUUGAUGCGGGGCUGGAGACGAUCAAGCAAUACUUCCACGCUGGAGGAAACGGGCUGAAGAAAGCAUUCGUUGAGAAAAGUCCUGAGCUGGCGUCGCUGCGCUACGCCCUGUCGCUGUACUCCCAGAGCACCGACGCUCUCAUCAAAACCUUCGUCACAACGCAGCACUCCCAGGUGCACGACGGGAUGGGCAUCAGAAUCACCGGCAGUGAGAAGAUUAAACCUGACAGGGGCUCGGGGGUGGAGAAGCCGAUCGGAGAGGCCGUGCUGCAGAUCGACAUGCUGCUGGGGAAGGAGCGCAAGAUCAGCAUCAGGGUAAUCGCGGUCAACGACAUGAAGUGGCAGACGUCUGGGAUGUUUCGGCCCUUCGUUGAGGUCUCCAUGGUGGGUCCCUUUCUGGCCGACAAGAAGCGCAAGUUCACCACGAAAUCCAAGAACAACAGCUGGACGGCAAAGUUCAACGAGACGUUCCAGUUCACCUUAGGCAAGGAGUCCCCGGACUGCUACGAGCUCCAGGUGGCGGUGAAGGACUACUGCUUCGGCCGGGCGGACCGAGUCGUCGGCAUGGCGGUGGUCCAGCUGCGAGACGUGGCCGACAGGAGGAGCUGCGUGUGCUGGUGUCCUCUGGGGCCGCGCAUCAAAACCGACGAGACCGGCAUGACGGUGAUGCGCAUCCUGUCCCAGCGGACGGCUGACGAGGUGGCCAAAGAGUUCGUGAAGCUGAAGUCUGAGAUUCGCCCAGCGGAGGAGGGCAGAUGAGCCGCGGCUCUGGAUCCGCACCCAAAGCUCCUAAAGCGGGGAACGUGUUGACGACCGACGCCGUCGUUACCUUCGCUGAAUAGUUAAGAGUUACUGAGGAAGAAUUCAACUCGAUACUCAUGAAAUAUAACAAACCAAGUGAAUGGGUUACAGAAGAAGAGGAACCUGGAUGCAAAUCAAUCUGAUCAACUACAAAUUCUGGAUUUGUGCCAGCUGGCGGUAGGAGGUUAUACCUUUAAGGGGAAAAUAACCUGAACAGCAGGUCUGUUUGAUAAAAGGUAACUAUUACUACUCUUGAGGCCUUAAGAGUCCUCAUAAAAAUCUCGUGUGCCAUCAGUACCACCACCUAUUGUGGCUCUGGACUCUAACAUAAGACGGGUUAAAACCAGAAAACUGCUCCUGAAUUAGUCUGAGUCCAGCAGCAAACUUUCACCUGUCGGGUUUAAGCCAGACUUUUUACAGCUUAGAGGCACCGAUCAACACUCGUAGCACCAGAUGUGUCUUAUGUAGAGCCGGCGUUUUAAUCCAGCGUGCAGGACGGCAGCGCGUGAUCUCUAUUCGCUGUCGCUUUUAAGCGUUGAGCGGGAGGUGACUGGUGCAAAAUCACGUCAUGUUGUAGCAAGUUGUCAUUCGUGAUGAAGCCUUAAACAGAGACGGCGCGCUGCCCGGUCGGCUCGCUUUCAUUUUAAAGGAGGAUUUCUGUGAUUGCUCAGUAAACCGGUUAAGUUUUUAAAUUAGAAACAAAGCUGCGCUGACCCACCAUUAACUGAGAUUUUACUUUUUUUUUAGCUUCGCUUUUUUAUCACUGUUAAAUCAAACCAACCAAACUUACCGGAAGACGAUUAUUGGGUAUUCUUUUUUUUUUUCUUUUCACCACAUUUAAAUGUUUUUACAAGAUGGUUAGGAAUAAUUUAGAUGUUGCAACCUGUGGUCGUGCGGCCUCGUACUUCUGGAAACUUUUCCACUUCCUGUUUAGCGUUCCUGUAACCCAACCUGCAGCACCGACCGAACCGACUGAGGUGCAUCCGGUAGAUCUGCGCUCCUGAGUGCUGACCACGUGCCAAGGAAGGCGAGUGUUCAGCGAGUCCGUCCUCUCAGUUUGUGGAUGCUGUCACAGACAAAUGUGGCCUUUCUAGAAAUCCCAUGUUUCGCUACCGGUUUUCCAAAACCCAUUUAACGACAGCCUUUAAUAAAAACUAUAUA